GCAACUUAAUGUCUGUCUUCUCUCUAGAUGCCAAACAGGGAAAUCCUGUGACUACAGAAACACUGGAAGGUCUUUGCUCCCAACUAGGCGUUCGAAUCGAAGACAAUGAANAAGAAGACUAUCGCCGAUUGUUGGCUGUCUUUCAUGAUGCAAGCGAAGAACUCAUGAGCAUGGAAGUGGACGAGGACAGGUUUUCUAGAGAGAACAUACACUUUCCCGAGAAGCAUAGCAAUCGAUACAGUGCCUGGGCAUGGAAGUGCACAGUCGUCGACAAGCAGUCCAAAGGCGGCAAGCUUCAUGGCAAAACGUUUGCUUUGAAAGACAAUGUCGCUCUGAAAGGCGUGCCAAUGCUCGUAGGCACCAACUUCAUCAAAGACUAUGUACCCGACUGCGAUGCAACCGUUGCAACGCGGAUUCUGGAAGCUGGUGGCAUGAUCACUGGAAAAGCCGUCUGCGAAAACAUGUGCCACAGUGCUACAAGUCAUUCGUCAGGAACUGGUAUCGUCGAGAACCCAAUUGCAAAAGGCUAUAGCUCUGGUGGUAGCUCGAGUGGAUCAGGUGUCCUUGUUGCUCUCGGUGAGUGCGAUGGAGCUAUUGGAGCAGACCAAGGUGGCAGCAUCCGCGUUCCGGCUGCCAACUGUGGUAUCGUCGGUUUGAAACCGACAUUUGGCCUAGUGCCUUAUACUGGCAGCGGCUCAAAUGAACCCACUAAUGAUCAUCUUGGCCCAAUGACCCGAACUGUUCUUGAGAAUGCCAUCUUUCUCGAGGCUAUCGCUGGUAACGACAAUAUUGACGACCGCUCAUUUGCUGCACCACAUCCUUCCAAAAUCCCAGCAUACAGUCUCAUAGCAAAUCUGCCGAUGGACAGGCCACUGACAGGAAAAAGACUCGCUAUCAUCAAAGAAUCUCUAUCUAUGCCGGCCUUGGACAAUCGCAUCAUCGACACUUUUCAAGCAGCCGUUGCUAGAUUUAAAGAACUUGGCGCGACUGUUGACGAGAUCUCUAUCCCGAUACAUUCCAAAGGCGCCGCUAUCUGGACUGGCAUAUCGAAAGUGGGAGGCUAUCUUGCAAAGACAUCCGGCUCCUUCGGCAGACGAGGCCACCAGAUGUUAACUCUCAACUCGAAGCUCCACCCAAUGGGUCAGGAGAACUGGGAGAAUGCAUACGUCUCGACUAAAAACAUUUACCUCAACGGUCUAUAUGCUGUCCAGAACUUCCCGCUGCUUCUAGCAAAGGCAACCAAUCUUUCACGCCAGUUGCGAGAUGCGUACGAUGCGGCACUUGAGACCUACGACAUCUUGCUCACUCCUACUCUGCCAUAUGUAGCAACUAGUCAUGCUGUACCAGAUGCUACACCAAUCGAGCAGAUCACGAAGCAGAUUGGGCUGACAACGAACACUGCCCCAUUCAACCAAAGUGGACAUCCUGUGCUGGCGAUGCCCAUAGGAAUGCUAGAAGUCCUCGAAGGACCAGGUCUAGAGGCGAAGGUGAAACUUCCAGUGAGUAUGCAAAUCAUCGGAAAGUGGUGGGACGAGAUGUCGGUAUACGAGGUCGCACAUGCUUGGGAAAGAGCCAACGACUGGAGAGUGAUG